AUGAUGACGCGAUAUAUCACAUCAGCCGAUGCGUUCAUAGUCGUCUACUCAGUUGGCAGCAGAAAAUCAUAUGAACAUGCUCUUCAUCUAUUCUCUCAAAUAGCCAAAUUACGAGGAGUGUAUUCGAUCGCUCGGAUGUUGGUGGGUGCUAAAUGUGAUUCCGACUAUAGAGAAGUAUCGGCUGAAGAAGGUAACACAUUAUCAGCUCAGCUUAAUUGCUCAUUUGCUGAAGUCAGCGCCAAGAUGAACAUCAAUGUACAUGAGGUAUUCGAUGAGAUGGUAUCACAGCUUCACUAUAUCGAAACUAUGGAGCACGGUAGACGAACAGAUCAGCAACUCUACCGUAACUCCGGAAAUUCCUUCUGCUGCUUCUUAUGA